AUGUUUAUGGCAAGACAAGUGUUAAGAAAUGGUCUAUUUUUAAGGAGCCUUGCUCCCAUAAAGAUAACCGCUAGAACUGUUGCAUCAGCAAAUGCGGGCAUUAAGAGAAAGUCAAGAUUUGAUAAAACAAUGAUCAAACCUUUACUUUUGGUAAUGAUAUUUGGGUCGAUAUUAAACGCAGUAAUAGCCGAGAAAAGGAACAUUAUUGAUAUGGAAAGGAAAUAUAAGCUAAAACUUGAUAAAUUGAAAGAGCUGAUACGGAGGGUUCAUGAUAAUAAUGGAAAGGUAGACUUCGACGCAGAUGAUGAAUUGAAACUUGUGAAUUUGCGUUUAGGAAUCGUCGGCAAGAACGCAACUGGGAUGAAGGAAGAUGAGACUGAUAUUGUGGUUCCUAAGGAAGAGUCAUUGGAAGAGAUCUGGCAAAGUAUAAUAGACGAGGCAAAAAAAGAAGUAAUCGAAAAAACUCCAGAUGCUGGCGUUAAGAACAAAGAAGGGAUUGUCACUGAUUUGAAUGUUCUAAAAGAUUUAGAAAAGUCGAAAAAAGAAGAUGAAAAGGUUUACCUAAGUGGUGAUGUCCAUAUGAUGAUGAACCAACCAGGUGAUUUGAAUGAAAUCGCCAAAGAACAUGAUAAAAUCCCAAAAUUUCUAUAG